AUGGGUAUUCCAGAACUCUGGCAGCAAUUCGACGAAGCCGGAGUCGGCGAGAAUAUCUCAACCGCUGCGUUCGCUGCGCAACAUUUCGAAAAGGAACGAAGACCGCUUCGAAUUGCUGUUGAUAUAUCUAUCUGGAAACGCAAGUGUUACCAGGGAAAAGAGGAAGUGGCUGCUAUUCGUAGACAGACUCCAGCCGCAAAUCCCAAUGAGAAAAAUAUUCUCCGUAAGAUUUUGACACUUUUGGAACUUAAAAUUCAGUUAAUUUUCGUCGCGGAUGGUAAAAACCGUCCAAAAGAGAAAUAUGGUGCGCAACCACCCUGGUAUAAAUAUUAUUCUCAGGACGAUACACUUCUUAGACAGACUGUGACCUCCUUGGGUGCAAAAUGGCAUGAAGCGCCAGGAGAAGCCGAGGCCGAGUGUGCAGCCUUGCAAAGUCGUGGAGUGGUUGAUGCUGUUUGGACGGAAGAUUCGGAUGCCUUCAUGUUUGAAACUACAUUGCUCAUUCGAUUCUGCUAUGUUGAUAAACGCAAAGUGAAGAAAUCUCGAAGGAAUGAAAAUUGA